AUGCGGAAGUUGAGGCUCAAUGACAAGAUCAGAAGUCUCUCUGGGACCUCCUCUAACCACCCAGGUGAAUCAAGGAACCCUUUGGCUGAAGCCCCAGUGCCCCCAGGCGAGGUCCUGCAGACCGCAGAAGGGGUAUACAGGUUCACAGGACAGCAGCUGAGCUGGUGGCAAAUCCAAGGGUGCUGUGACCAGAGCCUUGGCCACCUGGCUGUGGGGUUUCUAGAUAGGACUCUCACUCCACGUUUGCCCUACUUGGCCUGGCUAGGACACAAAGAGCUGCGUGCCUUUGCCGAACCCGGAGCCUCCGUGCAUGUGGCGCUGCUUGUGCAUGGUCAUCCCGCGCCUUUCAACGCCAUCUUUCACUCUGACGUCGGCCGCUGGCACCAUGUGUGAGCCACGUGGGAGCAGUUCAGCAGGCGCUGGGCUCUGUUCGCUGACGAUAGGCGACACACCAGGGCUCAGGGACUCAGCACCGGUCACCUGGUGCCUCAAGGUGUCCUUGUGCUGGGACAGGAUCAGAAUUUCCCGAGUGAUGGGUUCUUGGUCUAUGUCGCAUUCAGUGGCAACCUCACCGACUUCCCUUGGGACUGGGCGCUCAGCUCCACGCAGGUGAGACAAGCUUGUGCCUGUGGGCCACCCCCAGGGGGCCUGCUCUUUCAAUAGGACCCAGAAGCCCUAGGCUUCUGCCCCUUGCUGUUGCUGGCCAUGCGGGUGCGCCUGCUCUGUCCUGUGCCCACAGAGGAGUGCCCCACGUGGAACCCAGGAUCCAGCACCCAGGGCCUCUCUGAACUCUGCUUGCACCCACAGCUCUUUCUGUGCUGCUACCAAAUAGAGACUUAUGAGCAGCUUCAGGAGUUCCAGUCAUGGCCAGAUCAGGAUGUCAUCAGCAGAGUCAAUGCUUUGGCCAGUGCCACUGUGGUAAGCCCAUCCCUGGAGCCUGGAACACCUGCAGCACCGUGGGUCAACUCCCUGGACCUUAUUUUCCUCACACACCUGAGGUGUUACAGAAAUUCAGUUUGUUCCGACUCUUGUUUUAGAAUCCCUGACAGCUGGGAGCUUGUGACAGAUUUGAUCCGACCCUGCAGAGCUCCCUCUUGUCAGCUGUUGCUCAGCCCACAGCUUCUCCCAAUCCCCUUCUCUGAAGUUCCUGGGAUCCUGUCCUUGGACAAGGCUUCUUGCUUCCUGGGACUCCUGGAGAGGGUCCUGGCAGAAGAGACAUCCCUGGAGCCUGCGGCCCUGCUGGCCAUUCUGCACUUUCUGAAGAGGGUGACUGCUCUCAGAGCUGAGGAGCCAGAGCCACAGACCAAGCUCUGGGAGGAAUUUGGCAGAGGCUUCAUGUUUGUGGCCAGUCUGGUCCUGGAGGAGCGAUCUAGGGGCUCCACCCCUCUGGUCUUGAAUAGCAGGCCCCCAGUCUUGUGUGGGUGGAGGGAACCACCCUGCAGCUGGACAGCCUGGCAGAAAGCCCUCCAUCCUGAAGUCAAAUGGCUCCAUUUGAUCCCGGGCCUGUCAGUCCAAAGUCUGUACCCGAUGGAGGCCACCACUGCAGGGCACACAUUCACCGCUCCUGGCAGGCAUCCAGAUGUACCAGGCCACAACCACAUCCCUGCAGGUGAAGUGAGGCUGCUCCUAGGGAACGGCGGAAACUUCUGUCAACAGGGCUCCUGGGCCACCAGUGGCUGCUUGGUACUCACUGUGCACCUGAAUUCUACCCCCUGCUUCUGCAACCACAGCACUAGCUUUACCAUUCUGCUGCAGGUGUUCGAAGUCCAUGGAGGUCCUAAAGAGGCUUUGUUGCUGAGAACUCUGUCAUUUGUGGACUGGAGCGUGUUCCUGUGUGCUCUUGCCACCACCUUCCUACUCUUCCUGGUGGCUGGUUCACAGAACCUCACUCUUUCCCUGACCCCUGCUGAGGGCUUCCUCAUGACCAGUGAGUGGGCGAAGGUGGCCUGUGCGGCUGUCACAGCUGCCAUGAAUCUUCUCUUUCUGGCUGCCUCCUCCUGGCUCCGAUGGAGCAGGGUGGUAGCUGUGAGCAUGCACCCAGGCCCCAGGAUGAGGGUAUACUAUGCUGCAGGCUGGGGCUUUCCUGCGGCCAUUGUGGCCAUUACCCUAACAGUGCAACCCCAUAACUACAUGACUUCUGGACACUGCUGGCUCAGUGCUCACACAGAUGCCAUCUGGGACUUUGUGGGGCCCAUGUUGUUUGUGCGGAUGGCCAACACCUGCAUCCUGGUCCACAUGGUGAUGGUCACGUCCAGCACCCACUGUUGUGCAUGCAUGCUGAGUCCACAGCCUGGUCUGCAGGAGAAGAUCAGGUUCCAGAUGUGGGCUCUGAUAAAGCUGGUGCUGGCUCUGUUACCUGUCCUGGGCCUGACCUGACUGGUUGGCCUCCUGGUAUACCUGAACCCAGCCUGGACCUAUGUUGCUGUAUUUCUAGACCUUGGCCAUAAUGGGGAGCAGCAGGCUCUCUCAGAAGACCUGUGA